CAAAGGGUGGGAAGUGCUUCUGCUCCUUGACCCAAACUUGGAUGUUAAAAGGGCAGGUUUAAAUGGGUUAUCUUCUACGUUAAAAGCUUUGAAAUGGAAAAAGAUGCCACAAGCUUGUAUUCUUUUUGCCAAAGAGUUGAAAGUACAUUUAUAGCAUGAUGUCCAAUAACCUUUGAGCAUAUAUACUUUAGUAUGCUUCAUUACUUGAUACACUUUGGUAAAGUUCGACGAGGAUUGGUUGUAUUUUUGCUGUAAUAUGCCUUUUUGUCUUUUAGAACAAAAGUUUUCAUUAAUCGUACCUGUAUUUGGUGCAAUCUCCUGUAAUAAUGCAUUUUAUCUUAACGUUCAGAAGAAAAGAUGGGGUGGUUUCUGGAGCAAAUAUUGGUGCUUUGGAUCUUACAAACAAAAAAAGCGAAUUGGACCUGCUGUUCUUGUUUCUGAAACGAGUGCUUCCCAUGCUAAUGUGCCUGCUGCUGAAAUUCCAACCCAAGCACCUGCCAUGACACUUCCUUUUGUUGCACCACCCUCUUCUCCUGCUUCUUUCCUUCCAUCUGAACCCCCCUCUGCUACUCGGUCUCCAGCUGGUUUAGUGUCUCUCACCUCCAUAUCUGCUGGUAUGUACUCUCCAGGGCCUGCUUCUAUAUUUGCAAUUGGCCCUUAUGCUUAUGAAACUCAGUUAGUUUCACCACCUAUUUUCUCGACCUUCACCACUGAACCAUCGACUGCUCCCUUCACUCCUCCCGCUGAGUCGAUACACUUGACUACACCUUCCUCACCUGAGGUGCCAUUUGCUCAGUUCCUUGGCCCCAACUUCCAGUUUGGAGAGGCUGGACAGAGAUUCCCCAUAUCCCACUAUGAAUUUCAGUCCUAUCAGCUUCAACCCGGGAGCCCAGUUGGCCAAUUGAUCUCACCAAGCUCAGGAAUCUCGGGUUCUGGCACAUCAUCUCCUUUCCCUGAUUGUGAUUUUGCUGCUGGUUUACGCUUUCCCGAGUUCCGGAUGGGUAAUCCUCUCAAGCUCUUCGACAUUGAUAAGCUUUCCAACCGUGAAUGGGGAUCAUGUCAUGGUUCUAGGACUUUAAACCCAGAUGCUACAACGUCCACACCUCGCGGUGGAUUUCUUCAGGGUAGACAGAUCUCUGAAACUGUAUCAUAUCCACGUGUGGAUAAACAAAACCCAACUGAUCAGGUUGCAGUUAAUCAUAGACUCUCAUUUGAUUUGACUACUGUAGAAGUUAUAAGAAGUGUGGAAACAGAGGCAGCAACACCAUCUGAAGCCGUGUCAAGAUCUCCACAGAAUGAAGCAACAAGAGAAAGAGAAGAGAAUGCAACUAAGCUGGUGGACGAUCAUGAAUGUCGUGUUGGUGAAACAACCAAUGAAAGACCAGAGAAAGCUGCAGCAGAUGGGGAAGGCACACCACACCACCAUGAGAAUCAAUGCCUAACACUUGGGUCAGCUAAAGAAUUCAAUUUUGACAAUGUCGAUGGAGUUGAUGCCCAUAAGCCUAUUGUUAAUUCUGAUUGGUGGGCGAAUGAGAAGGUAGCCGGAAAGAACAACAGUGUAGCCCGGAAUUGGUCUUUCUUCUCCAUGAUGCAGCCAGGAGUUAGCUAACCGGUAUGCAUUUUAGUAGAUGCCUUCUGAUUUUCACGUCAUUUUAGGAACUAGAUGCAGUGUCGGCGAUCUAAACAAUUUGGUAACAGCAACAGGGAACAAUUAAUCAACCAUAUCACAGGUAACUUUAAUGUUAUUUUUUUUAGUCAGAUGGCGAUUUGCAUGAAGAAUGUAUUCGAGUCAUCCCGACUAAAAGAAACAAGGUCUCGGGCAUAUUUUUGUUGUUUGUAGUAUACAUCUCCAAUAUAAGCAGAUAGAUAUCAUAUCAAAAGAGUCUUCGAUUUGUGCCCUCAUUAUGUAAAAUAUGAAUGACAGGAUUGCAGUUAAAGUAAUGAAAUUUUUGUGUGAUGGUCAA